AUGAAUCAAGAAAUUGUAAGAAUUAUUUUAGAUAAAAAUACAUCAAAAUCAUCACAUCAAAGUACCCCAUCUUAUCAGACUUCUUUUGAUUGUAAGGUACAUCUUUUACCUUGUCAAAUUCAGUGGGAUGGACCUGCAAAUGUUUCAAAAUAUUUUCAUGUAAGAUCUACGCCAGAUAAUUCUACUUAUUAUGCAACUUUUCGUGGCCGUGGUUUAGAAGGAAAUUCAUUUAUUCUUCCAUCAACAUAUGAAGGCGCUAUAUAUAAUACGGAUAGUCCUAUUUCUCAGAUGUUUGAACAGUUAAAUGAUAACUGUUCUACAAAUAAUAUUGAUUUGAAUGAAACAAUAGUGCCAACAAAAAAAUGGCACCAAAUAGGCACUUUUUCCGCCUUUAAUAUAUGGAAACAAAUUCCUCAUUAUGAUACAGAGUUUGGGACUUCUAUUAGGACAUUGAAGGAAUGGAUCAAUUUAGCUGAUAUUAUUCAUUCAGUAACAGAGAUAGAAGAUGACACGGGAUAA